GGUGGUGUCACUGCAACUCUGGGGCAGGCUGGUGAAGAAUGCCCUGGUGCCCAGGCUUUACCUUGGCCGGUAGGUCCGGCAAGGAAGGAUAGGCCUUGGGGAGGGACCCGGCAGACUUUUCAGAAGCAGCCUCUUCCGGUCCCCAACCCCUAGUGGCAGUGUCUGGUGUCCCAUGGGGGCUCCCGGCUGUCUUCCCAGUACACAGCUCCUCUGCCUGCUUUGCUUGAUCCCACUGCUCCAGGUGGCCAGACCAGGCCAGGUGCCCCAGGACCAGCCCCUGUGGGCACUUUUGGAACAGCACUGCCACAGGACCCGGACACCCAUCAAAUUUUCAGGUACCUAUUCCUACUGCAACACGACCUUGGACCAGAUCGGGACCUGCUGGCCCCAGAGCACGCCCGGAGCCCUAGUGGAGAGACCAUGCCCCGAGUACUUCAAUGGCAUCAAGUACAACACGACCCGGAAUGCCUACCGAGAAUGCUUGGAGAAUGGGACAUGGGCCUCAAGGAUCAACUAUUCACACUGUGAACCCAUCUUGGAUGACAAGCAGAGGAAGUAUGACCUGCAUUACCGAAUCGCCCUCAUUGUCAACUACCUGGGUCACUGUGUUUCCAUGGUGGCCCUGGUGGCUGCUUUCCUGCUCUUCCUGGUUCUGCGGAGUAUUCGCUGUCUGCGGAAUGUGAUCCACUGGAACCUCAUCUCCACCUUCAUCCUGAGAAACGUCGCAUGGUUCCUGCUGCAGCUCAUCGACCAUGAAGUCCACGAGGACAACGAGGUCUGGUGCCGCUGCAUCACCACCAUCUUCAACUACUUUGUGGUCACCAACUUCUUCUGGAUGUUUGUGGAGGGCUGCUACCUGCACACGGCCGUUGUCCUGACAUACUCCACAGAGCACCUGCGCAAGUGGCUCUUCCUCUUCAUUGGAUGGUGCAUCCCCUGCCCUAUCAUCAUCGCCUGGGCAGUUGGCAAGCUCUACUAUGAGAAUGAACAGUGCUGGUUUGGCAAGGAACCUGGUGACUUGGUGGACUACAUCUACCAGGGCCCCAUCAUCCUGGUGCUCUUGAUCAAUUUUAUAUUUCUCUUCAACAUUGUCAGGAUCCUGAUGACAAAAUUACGAGCAUCCACCACUUCCGAAACAAUCCAGUACAGGAAGGCAGUGAAGGCCACCCUGGUCCUCCUCCCGCUGCUGGGCAUCACCUAUAUUCUCUUCUUUGUCAAUCCCGGGGAGGACGACCUGUCACAGAUUGUGUUCAUCUAUUUCAACUCUUUCCUGCAGUCCUUCCAGGGUUUCUUUGUGUCUGUUUUCUACUGUUUCUUCAACGGAGAGGUGCGCUCAGCCCUGAGAAAGCGAUGGCACCGCUGGCAGGACCACCACUCCCUCCGAGUGCCUGUGGCCCGGGCCAUGUCCAUCCCUACAUCACCCACCAGGAUCAGCUUCCACAGCAUCAAGCAGACAGCCGCUGUGUGACCCUCUGUCAUCCAUCGCUCGUCACUACACCACUGCAGCAGCUUCCCCGUCCUCUACAGCCCUCCCCUGGGUCCUCCUUGCUACACUGACCCUUGGGGUGCAGGAGAAGGAGUGGGGAGGUGGGGGGAUCGACUCUCCAGCCUGGAAGGAAAGGAAAGCUCUGGAAGGGGGCUCUGAAGGAACAGGGCCCAGUACAGUCUGCAAGCAAGAGGGAGCAGAGGGACUUGACAGGACCCUCAGAGAGAGUGGAUCUCACAUCAUCAAGCCUUUGUACACCCAGCCUCUCUCUCGGGUCCUCACUGUAACGUCACUUACAUGUGAAGAAUCUGAGGUGUUUAGCACACAAAGGCCUGGCCAAGACAAGUUCUGUGCCCUGUCCACAGCGCCCACGGUUGGCUCUGCCCCUUGCUUCCCAACUUUGUACCUGGGGUGCCCUCCCUGAGGAUGCCCUCUGUAGGUGGGGGAGACAACGAUGUAUCUGGCUUCAUCCCAGGGACUGUGUAAGAGAAGCUCCCUCCUCUGCACAGCCCCUCACCGAGCUGCCCCUCCGCUCCUUUCUCUGUCCUCCUGCCCGUGUCUCCAGGAGAAUGCUGGCUUCCAGUCUUGUGUCCGUCCUGGGAGACCUCCAUGCAGCCCUGGGCUCAGUCUGGGGACCUGGAGAUCCCAUGGGCAAAUGAGACAGAUGAAAAGUGACACUCGCGGGCCAAUCACAGUGCCAAACGGAAGGGAAGCGGACCCACCAGGGACAGAGGGAGAGGGGUGAGACUCCCCCAAAUCAGAGCAUUUCUCCUCAGCCUGCAGAAACAGCUCUUUCUGUGUAGGUGACAGACUUCAAGUCAGGCAACUAGACAUUGGAGAGAUGAUGUGGGCCAAUAAUGUCUGCAGGGCUAGCCAUGUCCCUCUCCUUAGAGACGAUGGCCAGGCCCAAGCAGGCCUUCCUCUGGCCUGUGGUGGGUUUGGAGUUCAUCCUUGUCAUCCCCCAGGAUGGCAUCUGCCCCACUCCCAGUGCAGAGUCUGCCUGUGUCAGGGACUGAGAUUCUGAAAUUGGUGGGAGGGAGCAAGGCCUCCAGGACCCACAAGCAAGAAGCAGAGAAGCGGAGUUGGCUUCAGCCGCACCUCCAUUCCUCUGACCGCCCCCUCCGGCAGAAGAAGAGGGAGAAGCCAGCAGGCUGUAAUCUUGAAAAGUUCCUUGCCUAGGUGUCUCACAAAAAUAAACUGAAGCCGGCGGUGGUGGCGCACGCCUUUAUUCCCGGCACUUGGAAGGCAGAAGCAAGCAGAUCUCUGUGAGUUCGAGACCAGCCUGGUCUACAAAGUGAGUUCCAGGACAGCCUCCAAAGCUAC